CCGAAAAGCCAUGAAGUUAGUCAUCCAUAUCCGAUUCCUUUUGUAGAAUAUUAUCAAAAUAAAGGACUCGAUUUUUUUGCUUUCGGAGAUUGGGGUGAACAAAAACCUGAAUCAGGACAGUUUCAAGUAGCCAAAGCUUUACAAGCCCGGGCUAAUGAAAAUACAACAUUUAUAGUUAAUGUUGGUGAUAAUUUUUAUCAAGAAGACGAAAACCUUCCUUUUAAUGAUCCAAUUGAUCACGAAGGUGUAUUGAGUAUAGAUGAUCCAAAGUGGCAUACCUAUUGGUUAAAUGUAUAUAAUGGCACUUUGAAAGAAAUAUAUUGGUAUAUGGUGGCAGGGAAUCAUGAUUGGUACACCAACAUCACCGCACAAGUAGAUUACUUUUGGGAAAAAAAUUUACGAUUUUUUUUUCCCUCGCUUUAUUACGUUCGAAAGUCGGAUGAUGACAUGAAACGUAAUCUUUUGUCCUUCAAAUUAAAUGAUAUAGAAGAAAUAGAUAAUCGAUUUAAAUGGAUAGAAGAUCAACUAAUCUCCGCUUCCGCUCAGGGCGCAGAUUGGAUUUUUGUCGUUGGUCAUCAUCCUCUUGUCGGUGCAUGCCAAACAAAAAAAGCUUCAGCUUUUAAAAUGCAUAGACUCCCUCCGCUUUUUAAAAAAUAUAAUGUAUCCGCUUAUAUUGGUGGUCACGUUCAUGACAUUGAAUUUUCUGCAGCCAAUAGCACAACAAACGUUACUUACUUCGGUGUAGGUGGUGGUGGUGCUGCGGGUGCAGAAACUUGUGGUAAUGCAACUUGGGCUGCACCUUUUACAUUUGGAUUCUUGCACAUUAAUAUUCCGCAUGAUGGUGAUACUUUAUAUUUUGAUUAUAUCGAAGCCAACGAAACAGAUAAACCUUCCCACAUCUCUUAUUCGGGUAUCAUUCAUUCUC